AAUCUAAGAUUGAUUAUCUUAGGGUCGAAUUAUCUGCCUUAAAUUCUAAUCUAGCUUCGAAAAAUAGUAAAUUAGAGCGCAUGAAGAAUAUGUUUACUUUAAAAAAUGGUGAAUUGGAACUAAUAAAAAAUGAUUUGGCUGAAAAAAAUUCAGAAAUACGCUCCUUAGAAACUAGACUCAAAGAGCUAUUGCCAUGCAAUAGAUUAUCAUCAGAACAAGUCAAAAUCAGAGGUAAGACAGAUGAAAAAAAUGAUGAUAAUAUAUCAGUUAUGCAGUCUCCGCCAAAGGAUCUGGACUCUUUAUCUCUUGCAAAAUAUUUUGUACGUAAGCCUAGACCCGAAGGGUCAUUGCUUCACAAUAAGAGAGAGAAUAGUCAAGUAGAUAGAGAUAUCCAAGAAUCUUUGACUCAACAAACAUUAACCAGUUUAAAUGAUAAUAUGCCUAAAGAAUCAGAAAUCUCUAAUGAGAAGCAGAUAAAUAAUGAGCAGAUACGAAGUAACAUUUCUCCCAAAAUAAGCCCAGAGUCAUCGUCACAUAUUAUAUCUAAGAUAAAAAAUAAUAAUAUACCAAUAAGAGAGAUUGAAGCAUUACCUGUUGUGACAUUAGGUGCUGGCGAAGCUUUGAAAAACUCAAAGACAGGAUUACCUCCAAUGAAACUUUUCCUUAUGGAUAUCAAUGAGGCUACAAAGCAUGCUUCAUCACGCUGUAUUGGACAUCCAGCAAUGUCAUGGCCAUUCGCUAAGCUAGUUACAGGAAAAAGUGGCACAGGUAAAACUAAUAUACUCAGAAAUCUUGUUCUUGGUGACAAAGCUGAAUAUAUACAUAAAAAGAAAAAGGGUGGAUCUAGAUAUAUAUGGUGUGAUGAUUUGAUAGUUUGUGGAUACCAUUCUGAUGAACCAAAAUGGGCUUUCGUUAGAUAUAUGUAUAGAAUAAUUGCAAGUAAUCCAAGAGCAUCAUAUUACGAAAAUAUUAGAUUUAGUUAUAUCUCACCUGAAAAAAUUCCUAGUGUAAAAUCUUUCUUCCCCGAAAGAAGUACUGUUAUUAUCUUUGAAGAUUUAUAUGUUGCCCCCAAGUCUAUACAAAAUCGAAUUAUUCCAUUUUUCACACAUGGACAUCAUCGAAAUAUUUCACCUAUAUUUACCAUGCAAAAAUACCAUCAUGUUCCAAUGAUCAUCCAUGAGAAUCUUUCUCAUAUAUUAAUGUUCAAUAGUGGUAGUUCUCCUCAAGACUGUGCCAAAAUUGUAGGAUGGUAUACCGAUGAUGUAAAAGGUGCAUCAAUGGUUAUUAAUAACUACCUUCGCAAGGGUGAGUUUAUUGUAUUUGACCUUAAUAAAGCAGAGAAUGAUCCACUUGCAAUUCGGUUAAGAUUUGAUACUCCACUAGAUUUGCAGAAAGAGAUAGAAUUACAGCAAAAGCGCAAAAUAAAAAAUGCAUUACCUGUGGAGCCCACGAAUUCUGAACCUAAAAAGGCUAAAAAAUCGAAUAAAUAA